CCUCCACCCCCUGGCGUCCGCCCACAGCCCUCCCUCCCUCGUGGCGCCGCCCUCCUCCCCAUUCCCAUUCCUCCUCCCGCGCCCUCCCAUGGCGGCGGCGCCGGCCCUCCGUGUUCGUCGGGUCAUCGCCAUUCCAACCGAAUUUCCCCUCGCCCCAGUUCCCCCCACUUCACAGCACAGCCGCUCCCCGCCUCCACUGCGAGCCUCGAGAGCCUAGCUAGGGUUCCCUCCCCUCCUCAGCUCCUCCCCGCGCGCUCCCAUGGCUGCCUCCAAGGUGGUGCUCGAGGUUCUCCCCCAGGCGCCGCCGCGGGAGCCGGCGGCCGCGCUGCUCCCGCACCUCGCCGUGCCCAAGGUUCUGCAGUACAUGUACCUCGCGAGCGCGUGGGUCGCCUGCGCGGGCGUGGCCGCCGGGACCGUCGCGCGCCGGGCCCUGGGCGACGAGUCCCCGGUGACCUACGCGUUCCUCAAGGUCUCGAUCGGAGCCCUUGUCUUCCCCGUGCUGCUCGUCCUCGUCGUCACCCUGCGGCUCCUGCGCGCCAUGUGCGCGGCGGGGUUCGCGCUGUCGCUCCGCAUCGUCGCCAGGGAGGUUCAGGUCCAUUCCCGGAAGGUAUUGUGAAAAAAGGCAACGCUGUUCCUUUCCGCAGUUGAUUCGAGCAGGUUUUACCACUGUUAGUCAGUCAGUAAACUGUAUGCUGAAAUUGACUGCCCCCUUUAAGCUGAAAUGGCUAGCUAGGCUCUAAUUCCCUCUGUUUUGGAAUCAAUUGUGGUAUGCACAAGCUCUAUGAGGUGUGGAUGCAUGAGCUGCUUUAAUUCUAGUUAAGCUGCAUUAGUUUCUCUAAAGAAAAUGCAAUUCGUGCACUGUAUAUAUGUGAGUGCAUUUGCAUCUUUCCAAUUUCACAUUGAAGCAUACAUAUACUAUCCUUAUGAUUGUGUUCACUGGAAGAUACUGACCGGAUUUGCUUGCUGAUGCUGUUGACCGGAUUCUCUUCUUAUAUCAUACUGAUGGAUUUUGUGUUUCUGUAAAAAGAAUUGAAAAACUCUGUUUGAUUAUGCCAGCACAUAAAAAUGGUAGUAAACUGUAAACCAGGACCAUCUUUAGUCUUUAGCAAGUUUCCCCCUGCAUUUUUGAAGUAGUUAGUUAGAAAUUAUAUUUCUUUCUGGUGAGGGAUCUCUUCAUCAUGCACACAUUUUUUCCCUGUCACUCUUAUUUCUCCUAAUGAUAAGUUGAUAACUUACUGCAUCAGUAGCCCUUAUGCAUAAGUAAACAUGUUGAGAGUUCGUUACAUUGAUUGUUGAGAAAGGGAUAAAUGAUUGUGGUUCCUGGUAACCUGUUGCAUUAGAGGUUCAUGUCUUAAUUGUAAGUGAUACAGGCAUUUAGCUAGAAUGAAGGAUAACAAGAUAAAUAGAUUAAAAAACUCGGCUUCACUGGGAAUGUUACAAAUCUAACCACAGGUUGGCCUGUUUUAUCCACGGGCAAGGACAAUUAAAGAAGGCACUGAAGCUCGACAAGCAGUUACAGCACAGACCCUGAUGUAUGCUGGCGUCUGCCGUCUAAGCUAGCUGACUUCUCUGCUUAGGUUCUAAUUAUCACCAGUAAUAUCUUUAUUAAGUCUUUCUUGGUGCCUUGUUGUACAUAUUAAUGUUUGCUGGAACUCGUAACCUGACGCUGAAGCUGAAGCGUUUGCGAUGGGGUGGGUCACUGGUUAUCACCACCCUGUCUGAACAUAACUCUGAUGCCCUACUCAAUAGUCUAUUUGGGUAAGUCCCACAAUUCACUAAAUAUAUCUAAGCUGUCCGACAAUAUUGAUGAAACUAUUUUAGCCAACAUAGAUUGUAACCUCCCAUCAUACUGAAGUGCAACCAAUUCUUUAUCUCACGCCA